AUGGUGAAGAGCGAGGGUAUCCGGGCGGCCAACAAGCUCUCUCGCCUGCACGUCCAGUACGAAAAGAACAAAAGGAAAGUUAAGCUUGCUGCCCAGCUGUUCAGCAGCUCGGUGGGCAAAGCUCUGCUGUACCUAGAAGAGUCGGGCCACCAUGAGUUCAUCGGAGUGGGGGCAACGGGGCGCCUCAUCCUGCUUGUUGAUCAGGCAUUCGACUACCUCAACAGCAGCAACCCCUACGUGAAGGUCUUCAAGACUCCUGUAGCUGCCAACAACUUAAUUUCCGUGCUGUUCCGGCUGCAGACAGCAUCAGGCGAACCGGUACUGCAGACGCGACGCUUCACCCCGGUCCUGGGUCUCUGUCUCGCGACGCAGACCGUCAUAGACGUCAGUGAGGCCCUGCUGAAGGAGGGGUUCGUCUGUGUACUGCCAUACAAGAUGUCCCAAGACCAUCUAGAGCUGCUGUCCGGCCAGAUCCGACGUGUGGGCGGCUUCAACAACAACCCGAACGUGGCCCAACUGCAACAUGCCAUGCGCAGACUCAUACUACACAGCUUCAUAUCGCCAUCUGCCACCGGGAGCUGCAUGUCACGGGAUGACGGUGACGACGGCCUGCUCCAGAUCCGUCCAAAACGGCAGCGGCAGACGCUCAGCGAGAGUGACCCCAUGCCGGCGGUCGUGCAGCAUCUCAUCACGACGGAGGACACCGGCUCGGGGUUCGUUGACAACUGUGUUGGCUACAUCUCCGGCUAUGUGUGCCGCAAGCUGGUGGAAACGAGCGCGAUCGGGUGUGCAUGA